AGCUGCGGCUGCGCAGGACGGACAAUCGAUCCCGGAGUGAUCGGCGGGCAGCAGGAUGUCGGAGGCGAAGCAGAUAAUGGCUCAAAAAAGCGCCAAGAUCGCAGCUGGAGCCGUAGUUUGUGUUGAGAGUGAGAUCAGAGGAGACGUGACCAUCGGAGCCAGGACGGUGGUCCACCCCAAAGCCCGGAUCAUAGCCGAGGCCGGACCCAUCAUCAUAGGAGAAGGAAACCUGAUCGAGGAGCAGGCACUCAUCAUUAACAGCUACCCAGAGAACAUCAUGCCGGACGCUGAAGGAGUCGAGCCCAAGACGAUGACCAUCGGCACCAACAACGUGUUCGAGGUCGGCUGUGUCUCUCAGGCGCUGAAGAUCGGAGACAACAACGUGAUCGAGUCUAAAGCCGACCUCGGCAGGAACGUGAUCCUGACCGGCGGCUGCAUCGUGGGCGCCUGCUGCCAGGUCAACACCUGUGAGGUCGUCCCCGAGAACACUGUGGUCUACGGGUCCAGCUGCAUCCGCCGGGUCCAGAGCGAGAAGCCUCAGCCUCAGACGCUGCAGCUGGACUUCCUGAUGAAGAUCCUCCCCAACUACCACCACCUGAAGAAGACGGUGAAGGGCGGCGGCACCCCGGUCCGGAACUGAAGCAGGAACCAACGGUUCUGUCAGCUUCUGGUCUCUGAUGUGUGAAAACCAGCUUCACUUUGCUUUUAGAUCCAUUUUAUGCCUGUUUAUGACGCGUCUGUGUUGAUCAGUGCUCCAGUAAAUAAAUGGUUCUGCUUGGUGGCCACCAGGAGGCGCCGCUGAGCAGCUCUGUGACGCUCUUUGUUCCAUCAAA